AAAGUUGUCUAUCAUUUCAUCCCCCCCCUAAACAAAACACAUUCUUGCUUGCUAGAAUGCUUCUCUUCUGGUUUUCUAUAGCUAUUAUUAUGCAUUUAAGAGUUACCACCAUCUUAGCUGAUCAACCAGCCAAGUUAAUAGCCCAUGCCUGCAUAAAUUAUGCAGAAAACUAUACUCAAAACAGUACAUACAAACUAAAUCUUGACAAAACCCUUUCGACCCUCCUCACGACCAACUCUGGCUUUGGCUUCUACAAUCUCUCAACCGGCAUAGGUAACGAUAGAGUUAACUCAUUUGCCCUUUGUCGUGGUGAUGUGGAGCCUAGUUUAUGCCAAAGUUGUCUAAAAGACUGCAUAGCUCAAUUGAGACUAACCUGUCCAAACCAAAAGCAAGCAAUCGGAUACUACAACGAAUGCAUGUUGAUAUACUCCAAUGAGAUUCUAUCAGGUGACAAUACGUUAACAAUAUAUCAUUGGCAUUAUAUUAAUGAUCGAAAUGCAACAAAUGGCUGGUUUAAUGGGGUUGUGAGACCAUUACUUGGUAAGCUGAUAGCUGCUGCUGCAGCUGGUGAUUCUCUUCUAAAAUUUGCCACAGGGAAUAAGACUGGACAGGACAUAACAACAGCAUAUGCUCUUGUUCAAUGUACUCCAUACUUAUCACAGCCGCAGUGCAGUAGUUGCUUGGAAAAUGCAAUUGACUUAUAUCCGACUGAGUUUACAAGGCAAGCUGGAGGAAGAACUCUUUUACCACUCUGUAACUUUAGGUACGGAUUCAGACCGUUUUAUAACGGAAGUACUUUGGCGAUUUCACCACCACCUUCAGGAAAAAAGAAAAAACCAAUUGCGAUUAUAGUUAUUUUGACGGUGGUUAUUGCCAUAGUAAUUGCUUCACUUUUUAUCUGGAUCAUAAUGAGAAAGACAAGGAGGAGAACCCCACCAUCACCCAAUGAAGAUUUUUCGACCAACACUAGGGAUAUUGGGGGUGCAGAUUCUUUGCAAUACAACUUCAGCACAGUGAAAGCUGCAACAGAUGACUUUUCUGAAAACAAUAAGCUCGGGCAAGGUGGUUUUGGAGCUGUUUACAAGGGUAAGCUCAAAAACGGACAGGAAAUAGCAGUGAAGAGGCUAGCAAGGGAACAUGGACAAGGUGAAAGGGAAUUCAAGAAUGAGGUUCUACUAGUCGCAAAGCUUCAACAUCGUAACUUGGUUAGGCUUGUUGGUUUCAGUGUAGAAGGAAGUGAACGACUUCUCAUCUACGAGUUCUUGCCAAAUGCAAGUCUUGAUCAAUAUAUAUUUGAUCCUACUAAAAGAACACUUCUUGACUGGGAAAAGCGACACAAGAUAAUCAAAGGUGUAGCCAAAGGACUUCUAUACCUUCAUGAAGAUUCCCGUUUGAAGAUAAUUCACCGUGAUAUGAAAGCUAGUAAUGUUUUGUUAGAUGCUGAAAUGAACUCUAAAAUAGCGGAUUUUGGCAUGGCAAGGUUAUUUACUCCUGAGGAAACUCAAGGAGAUACAAGUCGGAUUGUUGGAACCUUUGGUUAUAUGGCACCAGAAUAUUUAUUUCAUGGCAAUUUCUCAGUGAAAUCAGAUGUGUUCAGCUUGGGAGUGUUGGUACUAGAGAUAGUAACAGGUCAAAGAAACCUAAAUUUUCGGAUUGGAGAGAAUGUCGAAGGUCUCCUUAGCUAUGCAUGGAAAAGUUUGAGAAAUGGGUCGGUUUCAAAUAUGAUAGACUCCACAUUGACCACAGGAUCCAGUUCAUUGUGUGACGACAUUACAAGAAGUAUCCAAAUUGGUUUAUUAUGCGUUCAGGAAAAAGCUAUUGACAGGCCAUCCAUGGCUUCAGUUGUUUCUAUGCUAUAUAGCAACGAUACACUUCCAGUACCAUCAGAGCCCGCCUUCCACAUGAAUAGUAAUUAUGCCAGUCCUGAAAUCCCGCUCCUCUGUGAGUAUCAUUCUUCAGCUGGAACUGAUGGAUCUACUUCAGUAAAUGAUGUUUCGAUAUCUGAAAUCAUUCCUCGUUAAAUGUUUAGAAUAAUGCACUUGGUUUCUAUAUAGGAGAAAUAUGUUUGAUUUUCAAUCUAAGGUUACAUGGUGAACUUAUUACUUAUAGAUCAUUUGUGUUUGGGUGCUCUUUUGUAUCAUAUAUACACAUAAGCUUUCUGUUCUUUCA